CUCUUCUUCCCUGGUCCAAAAUAUAAACAAAUCUGCAUCGUCUAAUCGGCAGCGCCGUCAUUGCGACUGGCGGUUUCUAAAAAUGCGUUUGUACUGUCUCAGCGGGGACCUGGCCAAGCCAUGUUACAUCAUUACCUUCAAGGGCCUGCGGAUAAUGCUGGACUGCGGCCUGACGGAGCAGACGGUGCUUAACUUCCUGCCGCUGCCGUUCGUGCAGUCUCUGAAGUGGUCCAAUCUGCCCAACUUUGUGCCCAGCCGGGACCACGAUCCCCAGAUGGAUGGCGAGCUGAAGGACUGCUGCGGCCGCGUCUUCGUGGACUCCACGCCGGAGUUCAAUCUGCCCAUGGACAAGAUGCUGGACUUCAGUGAGGUGGAUGUGAUACUUAUCUCGAAUUAUCUCAAUAUGCUCGCCCUACCGUACAUCACGGAGAACACUGGGUUCAAGGGCAAGGUCUAUGCUACGGAGCCAACGCUGCAGAUCGGCAGGUUUUUCCUGGAGGAACUGGUGGACUACAUCGAGGUGUCGCCCAAGGCAUGCACCGCUCGGCUGUGGAAGGAGAAGCUCCACCUGCUGCCGAGUCCCUUGAGCGAAGCUUUCCGGGCCAAGAAGUGGCGCACCAUCUUCAGCCUCAAGGAUGUGCAGGGCAGUCUGUCCAAGGUGACCAUCAUGGGCUACGACGAGAAGCUGGACAUUCUGGGCGCCUUCAUUGCCACGCCCGUGAGCUCUGGCUACUGUCUGGGCUCCAGCAACUGGGUGCUGAGCACGGCCCACGAAAAAAUCUGCUACGUCAGCGGUUCCUCCACUUUGACCACGCAUCCAAGGCCCAUCAAUCAAUCGGCGCUGAAGCACGCAGAUGUGCUUAUUAUGACGGGGCUGACGCAGGCGCCGACGGUCAAUCCGGACACCAAGUUGGGCGAGCUUUGCAUGAAUGUAGCUCUGACGAUUCGGAACAAUGGAUCCGCUCUCAUUCCCUGCUAUCCCUCUGGAGUGGUCUAUGACUUGUUUGAGUGCCUCACACAGAAUCUGGAGAACGCUGGCCUCAACAAUGUGCCCAUGUUCUUCAUCUCCCCCGUGGCAGACAGCUCCUUGGCCUACUCCAACAUCCUGGCCGAGUGGCUCAGUUCGGCCAAGCAGAAUAAGGUGUACCUCCCGGACGAUCCUUUCCCGCAUGCCUUCUAUCUGCGCAACAACAAGUUGAAGCACUAUAACCACGUGUUCUCAGAGGGCUUUAGCAAGGAUUUCCGGCAGCCCUGCGUGGUUUUCUGUGGACAUCCCAGCUUGCGUUUCGGAGACGCCGUGCACUUUAUUGAGAUGUGGGGCAGCAACCCCAAUAACUCCAUCAUAUUCACGGAGCCGGACUUCCCAUAUCUGCAAGUACUUGCGCCUUUUCAGCCGCUUGCCAUGAAGGCCUUUUACUGCCCCAUCGAUACGUCCCUGAAUUAUCAGCAGGCCAAUAAGCUGAUCAAGGAGCUGAAGCCCAACGUGCUGGUCAUCCCAGAGGCGUACACAAAGCCACAUCCCUCGGCGCCGAAUCUGUUCAUAGAACAGCCGGACAAGAAGAUCAUAACGUUCAAGUGCGGUGAGAUCAUCCGCCUGCCGUUGAAGCGAAAGCUGGAUAGAAUUUACAUCACUUCGGAGCUGGCCCAAAAGAUAUCGCCCCGAGAGGUGGCUGCCGGAGUGACCUUCUCAACGCUGACCGGUGUUCUGCAGGUGAAGGACAAGGUCCACUGCAUUCAACCGUGUGCGGACACCAUUAAAGAAGAGACCAGCUCGAAUACCAGCGCUCCAUCCAAGGAGGAUGUGCUUAAGAACGUAAAGUACGAGUACGGCAGCAUCGACGUGGAAGCUGUGAUGAAGCGGCUGGCGCAGGACGGCUUCUCCAACAUCAAAUUGGACCGCACUGGUGGCGCUCUGACUCUGAACCUGGUCAACGAGGACACGGUCAUCAAGUUCGAGGACAACGAGACGCACAUUAUAUGCGGCGGAAAGCCCACCACUCGUCUUAAGCUUCGGGACACUCUAAUGAAGUGCUUACAGAGUUUUUAAAAACAUAAAUGUAUUCCUUAGACCUAAAAAA